AUUUUUUUAUAAUUUAAUUUUCAACUUUAGUUAGUUUAACUUCUUUUUCUUAUAAAUUCAAAUUAAUAUUAUUUUUCUUUUAAAUAGCUUCUUACAAAAGUCCUAGUUUUGCCCAUUUAAUUGCUAUUUUUAUUUUACUUUACAAAAUUAUAUCAUUUUCAUCAUUCAAUUUUUUAUUUUUUACUUUAUUUUUUUAAUCAAUCCAUUUUUAUAAUUAAUUUUUGUUUUAAUUCUAUUCAUAAACUUAUUUUGUUAUUUAUUAUACUAUUUAUAUUUCAUUCUCUUAGUUGAUUUUGCCCAAAAUUUAAUUAUAUUCUUCAAAUCUGUUAUGUUAUUAUUCUAAUUAAUCCAUUAAAUAAUGAUAGUCUUCUGCAUUUUAACAGACUUAACUAUAAUAUUAAGCUAAGAUAUCUUCUAUAUAAUUUACAUGUAAUUCAUAGAAAUAAAAAAGGUCCUUAUUUUUCUUGUUCGCAUAUAAUAAUUAUUAAUUAAAGUUUCCUAAAUACAUAAGGGUGUAUAUAGAAAUGAAAUUUUAGCAUAAGUUAUUUUAUUAGUUAAUUAAAGAAAUCCUUUUUUUUUGAAAAAUCGUUAAAUUAUUUUCGCCGAGUUUAUUUUUUUAACAAAAAUCGGUAAAUAAUUAUUAUUAUUUUAAUCAUUUAAUUUACUAUAAACAACAUUAUAUUUUUUUAAAAGAUUGUUUUUUUAAAAAACAAGUUUUUUAUCUAAAAAGUUUUCCGAUUUUAAAAUUUGUUCCCAAUAUUCAUGUUUGUUUAAAUUUUUUUCUAUAAAAAGAUUUUGGUUUAUUUAUAUUUGCAUUUUUUCUAAUUCGGUUUAUAGUUUUUUAUUGGGAUAUUCUAUAUUUAUAUAUAUGAAUUUGAUUAGAUUUAAAAAUUUGUUAUAAAAAUAAUCUUUUCUAUAAGAAAAAUCUUAUGUUUCUUAUAUUUUUUGUAUAUAAUAUAAUAAUUCAGAUAUUAUAUUCAAAUGGUCUUCUUCAUUUUCAUCUUUUACUAUUUCUAUGUAAGAAUUAAUAGAAUUAUUUUCAACUUAUUAAAGGAAAAAAGUAUAUUCUUCAGGUAAAAAUAUAGAUAAAUUAUUUUUUAAAAAAGAAUAAGAAAGGAUACAUUAAAUAAUUGAAUUUAUAAUCUUUAAGAAAAUAUAUUAACUUUUAAGAUCUUUAGCAUAUAUAUCGAGAAUUUAAAUAAGGCUUUUGGAAGAAGAAAUAGGUUUUUGGAAAUUUCGAUAUUAAGAGAGAAAAAAAGAGAGAUUUUAUUUUAAAAAUAUUAGUUUUUUUUUCGAUUAUAAAAAUAUAAAUUCAAUAUAUUCUUAAUAAUUUAAAAAUUUUAAAAUAAGGAAAGCUUUUUCGUAAUUUUUGAGUUAUUUCAAAGGAGAAUAGGCUUCUUUUUUUAAUAAUUUAAAAGCCGUGUUUAAUAAACAAUUUCUUAUUUGUAAAUUUUCUUAAAGAGUAAUUAUUUCAUGGUUAUGGUUUUGGAGAAUAUAUAGGGUUGUAAAAAGAAACUUUUUAGUAAUUUUAAUGAAUUAUUUUUUUAUUUUUAAGGCGUCUUUUUGUUUAUAUUUUCCGUAGAAUUUACUCACUAAAUGUACGUAAUAUGAUAUAUCUUCAUCUUCAUUUGUUAUUUGGUUUAUUUCUUGUUUAUAUGUAAGGGCUUUAUGGUAAAAUUGUGUUUUGUGGAGUUUAUAUAAUGGAUUAUUUUUGGAAUAUUAUUUAUAUUCAUUUUAUAUAUUUUCGCCUUUUAAAUUUUAAUAAUAAUUAAUUUUAAAAAGCUCUUAGCUUUCAUUAAUUAUUAGUUUUGAAAAAGAUAUGUCCAAUUAUUUUUGUAUUUAAAUAAAAAUUAGAUUAAAAAUAGAUUGAAAACUGUCUUUAAGAAAAGAAGGAAUAUUAUUUUUAAUUUUGAGUUUAAUUAGUUUACCCAAAGUCUUAUAGAGGGUAUAAAAAAUAUAUUAAAUGGCAGCUUUUAAUGGAAUAGAAAUAAAUUAGCAAUCUAGGUCUAAAACAAAGCAUUUAUUUUGUUUAAAAAAAUAUUUAUUUUAAUAUAUGAAAUCUAUUAUUUUAUUAUCUUUUGAUACACAAACUCUAUAAUAACCAAAAUUUAAUAAAAUUUAAUUUUUUUAUAAAAAAGAGAAAGAACGAAUUCCAAAAGAAGAUAAUAAAGCCUAAAGGAUAAUAUUUUUAUUAUUUUGUUUAGAAAAAG